AUGGCGCCUUUGAUCCCGUCGCAGGAGGAGCUUGAGCGCAGAAGGAUUGUUGGUAUCAAUGCGGAGACCGUCACCAACAUCCCCUCCACCGAUUUCCCGGGUCAUUGGCCUGGAGAAUCGCAUGAGUGGAACUUGGAGAAGUUCAAAGAUGGCUUCCGAGUUGAGUUCCAUCGCAACGACCCAUUCGAAUCCUCCUUCUCGCUGAUCGGAGUCGAUCCUUCUAUCGCAAACGCUUUCCGCCGAAUCCUGAUGGCCGAGGUACCGACCCUUGCCAUCGAGUACGUUUUCGUUCAUAACAACACCUCCGUCAUUCAAGACGAGGUCCUCGCAUCGCGACUGGGUCUCAUUCCUCUGAAAGGCUCUGUGGAAGGCCUCAACUGGAUGCGCUGGUUCAAGAAGCCUACCGAGGAAGACCCCGAUUCCGGCAGCAACCCCGCAGACUACAAUACCAUUGUGUUGCGUCUAGACGUUGAAUGCGCCGAGAACCCGAACGCCGCUCCAGGCGAGGACGACCCGCGCAAACUUUACAAGAACGCACACGUCUAUGCUAAGGAUAUCACCUACCACCCCGUCGGACGUCAAGAGCAAUUCUUCACCGGCGAUGGCGCCAUUCAACCCGUGAACCCCGAUAUUUUGGUCGCGAAGCUACGCCCCGGACAGAAGAUCGAUAUGGAGUUGCACUGCAUCAAAGGAAUUGGUGCCGAUCAUGCCAAAUUUUCUCCAGUGGCCACGGCGUCCUAUCGCCUCAUGCCAGACAUCAAGAUUCUCCGUCCCAUUAUCGGCGAUGAUGCCAAGAAGUUCGCCAAGUGCUUCCCCAAGGGAGUCAUUGAGCUUGAGCCCGUCACCUCCACGGAGGCCGCCCAGAAGGGAAGCGAGUAUGAAGGCCACGCCGGUGAGCUGAAGGCUGUCGUCCGCGAUCCCUUCAACGACACCGUCAGCAGGGAGUGUCUGCGACAUGAGGAGUUCCAAGGCAAGGUCAAGCUUGGCCGUAUCCGGGAUCACUUCAUCUUCAACGUUGAGAGCACUGGCCAAUUUGAAAGCGACUAUCUCUUCCUUGAGAGCGUCAAGGUGCUGAAAUUGAAGUGUGCGAGAUGGAAGCGAGGCUUGACCGAUCUCAUGCGGUAA